UUGUUUAUGUUAAUGUUUAUGUUUUUGUUUUUGUUUUUGUUUAAUCUUCUCUCUCUAUAAAAAAAAAUUCGAAUCUAAGAGAGAAAGAGAGAGAGGAUGUUAAUGGCGUCACAAAUGAGGGACUUGGGGUUUUAAGUUUCAUUGUAACGGCACAUUUUCCUCUUAAUCUCUCUCUCUCUUUCUGCUGUUCAGAUUUCGAGAUGAGUCGAGGUACUAGGGCUGCUCAGGAGAGACCCCAAACAAGGAACCUAAGAAUGUCGAUGGUGAAAGAGAAGGAGAAAGAGAAGGAUGAAGAACUUGCAUUGUUUCUGGAGAUGCGGAAACGGGAGAAAGAACGCGACGAUCUUCUACUUCAAAGCUCGGAAGUGAUUGAAGCUCCUUUAGGUGCAGAACAGGGGAGAUCUCCUGUAUUUGACGUCUCAUCUUCUUCUAUACCUGUUCCAGCAAAGAAAAAUUAUUCUGAUGAAUUCUUGAACUCAGAGAAUGAUAAAAAUGAUUAUGAUUGGCUUAUAACUCCUCCUGGCACUCCUCUUUUUCCUUCAUUAGAGAAGGAUUCACAUAGAGCUGUUGUGAAUCAGGUUGAGACAUCAAAACCUCGCCCUGUGGCUCUGAAAUCCAGACUUGCAAAUGCUCAGCUAGAGGCUGCUGCCAAGAGUAAUUUGCCAUCUAGACAGUCCAAUCCAGCUCCUAGCUUGAAUACUUCAAGUAUGAGUCUGCGCAGAUCAUCAUCAUCAUGUGGGCCAAUAUCAAGACCGGCUACACCAACUGGACGUACAACAUUGACUUCAUCAUCACCCAAGUCCACGUUGACAACAUCUAAAUCCAUACCCACCUUACCCACCAGGUCAUCCAAACCGACAGUGACAUCAUCAUCUAAACCAUCAAGGUCUUCCACUCCAACCUCGAGGGCAACAUUGUCAUCUACUACAAAAUCUACAGUUCCAGUAAGACCCUCAUCACCUCAGUCUAGAACUACUGCAAGAUCGUCCACGCCCACAACCACCCGACCCACACUACCCGCAUCUAAUAGACCCCCUUCACGAUCAGCAACUCCAACUCGUAGAACUCCUACAGCUUCUACAGUCACAAAUACAUCUUCCGGUUCUGUUAAAUCUCAUUCAGUUGUGGCAUCUAGACCAGCAGCAGCCCCAACAACAACAACAACACAACCGAGACCAAGUUCACCAACCGUGAAAUCCAGGUCAUGGAAUCCUUCGGAGAUGCCUGGAUUUUCGCUUGAUGCACCACCAAAUUUAAGGACUACCCUACCCGACAGGCCUCUUUCCGCUACUAGGGGAAGGCCAGGAGCACCGAGCUCUCGUUCUUCAUCCGUUGAGCCAGGUAACACUGGUGGUGGUAGGGUCAGAAGACAAUCAUGCUCUCCCUCGAGAGGACGAGCCCCUAAUGGAGUACUUCAUGGUUGCGGAAGCUCUGUUCCGGCAAUGAGCCGUUUACAUGCGAAAGCUAAUGAUAAUAUAAGUCCUGUUCUGAUUGGAACUAAGAUGGUCGAGAGAGUGAUUAACAUGCGGAAACUUGCACCACCUAGACAAGAUGAUAGACACUCUCCUCUUAGUAACUUUUCUGGUAAAUCUUCUUCUCCAGAUGGUUCUGGCUUUGGAAGGUCCCUCUCAAAGAAAUCCCUCGAUAUGGCUAUUAGACACAUGGAUAUAAGAAGAACCAUUCCAGGUAAUUUACGGCCAUUGAUGACAAAUAUCCCAGCUUCAUCUAUGUACAGCGUGAGAUCAGGCCAUUCACAAAGCAGAACGGUUAGCAUAUCAGAUUCCCCUCUUGCAACGAGCAGCAAUGCCAGUUCUGAAAUGAGUGUUAACAACAGCAGCUUAUACCCAGAAGGGAACGAAGUGGAUGAAGUUAUUAGCAGCAGGAGGAGGCGUAUGCCAUCACCUUCACGUGUACGCGGUAGGUAGGUAUUUUACCCUUUUGUCCUUUUGUCGUCUUCUAACACGGAUAUAACCUCAUUUGUGGGUUUAGUUCGUUCAAGGUUGGUAAAACCUAGUUAUUAAUAUGAUCCAUGUAAAGUGUUCAUUAGCUUUUUAGUGAUAUUACAAAUGUUAUUAAGACUUCCUUGUCACCAUUUAACAUCCAUCUGGGUGAGACAUUUUUAUUUGUUAUAUAAUUUCUUGCAUUUUUCAUAA